UGCUUUGUCACCUUCACUUGAACGAUAAAGAAGCAAUCAUGAGAGCCUUAUCUGUUCUACUCAUUAUAGCAACUGUCAUCUUGGUAGCUGCAGCCACUCGUUCAGGUAGUGGAUACAGGUCAGAUGGAUACAAGUCAGGCGAAUACAGGUCAGGUGGGUACAGGUCAGACGGAUACAGGUCAGGCGGAUACAGGUCAGGCGGAUACAGGUCAGGCGGAUACAGGUCAGGGGGAUACAGGUCAGGUGGAUACAGGUCAGGUGGACACAGGUCAGGUGGAUACCGUACUGGAGGAUAUAGGACAGGUGGAUAUGGCUACGGAUAUGGUGGAUACAAGAAAGUUUCUUGUGUUAAACUCAGUAAUCCUGCGAAUGGUAAUGUACAGCAAACAGGAACUGUACUUGGAUCAAGAGCAACAUACAGCUGCAAUAAAGGUUUCGUACUUGUCGGAAUUGAAAAAAGGGUUUGCUCCCGUAAUGGAAAAUGGUCUGGAGAAGCUCCAAUCUGCAAACGUAUCAACUGUGGACCUCUUCCAAAUAUUGCUAAUGGACAAGUUCGUAUUCAUCCAGACACAAGACUGGGUAGCACUGCUACAUAUUCUUGUAAUAAAGGAUUUAAUCUCAAUGGACACAGAGUAAGAAGAUGUCUUGCUAGCGGAAAAUGGUCUGGAUCAGAGCCAUCUUGCUCACCUGUAAGUUGUGGAAGUCUCCCUCAUCCUGAGAAUGGAUGGGUACACAUUUCUCCAAACACUCUUUUCGGAGCUGUCGCUAUAUACAGGUGUAAACUAGGCUUCGAACUAAGCUCAAAGGACAGGAGACGCUGUCAAGCUAAUGGACACUGGAGUGGCUCUGCUCCUACUUGCAAUGAAAUCAGUUGUGGUGAACCACCAGCACCUAAUGAGAACAGCCAGAUUGCUUCAUCAGAGGGAACUUCACUUGGAGACAGAACCACUUACACAUGUUCCACUGGUUUCUUUGCCGUUGGUACUACCACAAUUUACUGUCAAAAUGAUGGGACGUAUUCCGAUGAUGCUCCGAUUUGUAAACCUGUUGAUUGUGGUGCCCCUGAUCCACCUGAUCCCAAUGGCUCAGUAGAAGUAUCCUCAACCACAUUUGGUGGCAGAGCACUCUACAAAUGUAACCCUGGCUUCACUAUUGUUGGCAAGGGAGUGUCCUUCUGUCUGGCUAAUGGUGAAUGGUCCAAUGAUGCCCCAGAAUGCAAACCUGUUAACUGUGGAGAAAUCCCCAGUCCUAAGAAUGGACGAGUUACUUUCUAUCCAGGAACCACAUUCCAAUCAACUGCUACAUUCACUUGCAGGAGAGGGUUCAGGCUAAGCGGUAGUAGGGUACGCACCUGUCAAGCUAACGGAAGCUGGUCAGGAAGACAGCCAACUUGCAUAAGGAUUAAAUGCCCAAAAGUAUCACCUCCAAGAUACGGAAAGGUGUAUGCCAGUGGAAAUUAUCCAGGAUCUUAUUUACGCUAUGACUGCAUAUACGGAUAUAGUCUCAGUGGUCCCAGCAAACGUGUGUGCCUUCCAAGUGGUCAUUGGGAUGGCAAAGAGCCCAAGUGUGUGAAGGAUGAGUAUGAAUAUGGCCACCCACAAAAAUACCAUUACGAUGACAAUGAUGGAUAUUAAACAGUGAUGAGUAUUAAAGGACAAUAAAUAUUUUGCUGUAUAUUAUUAUGAUGUAACUUGACUUAAAAUAAAAUUAUUGUUAAAUAUACAAAUUCAAUAGAUAAUUAAAGACG